CAAGCCCCCUCUCCCCUCCUCUCCGGCGGCCGUCGCUUUCCCCUCGGACUCCUCCUCUCCGCUCGCCCGCCCGCCAGCCAGACGCUGCCGGUUCUCCACGUCUCGCCCCCUCCUCCCUCCGGCCUCCGCCUACGACGCGCUCCAGGUCCUUGUUGAGUGAAGCAUCCUCCUUCCUUUUUCUGACAUGGGUAUGGAGCAUUUGAUGAGUGUCGUGAAUCCUUCAUCAGGUUACAUCUCACAAAGAGGUUUCGAACGUCGUGGUGAUGGAACGAUGGAGGAAAUGAAAGAGCGACAGAAACAGAGGACAGAAAAAAUGAUGGAAGACUACCAAAACACAGAAAGCAGAGAUGGAGCGAUCAGAUGUCCAAUUCCAUGCAAAAGCAGCAGACCGUACAGGGAGUAUGAUUUUAAAAGUGCACAAGAUCUCUCUGAUUUUAUGGUGAGCAAGGCUUCUCCUCCAUACUUCAUGGGAUCUCCACCAGUUCGUGCAAGCAAUCCCCUUGUCAAUGACAGGCAGUUCCGUGCUUGGAAAGUACAAAGCGUUGAUGAGUCGCUCGGCAUUCCUAUACCAACCAGGGGCUACUGCGUUGGCUACAACAAAAGGGCAGGGUCUACUACAGAGGACUGAAGCUACAUUUAUCAGUUUCAUGACCUCGCUGUGAAGUGUAGUUGUAACAAGGGAAAAUUGUACAUAGGAAGUCAUCACCUUCGGAAGCUUCCCGUUUUCGAGGCUUUUUGUGGCAUGUCAUUGGUAGUUAUGUGUAUAUAUCUUUUCGUUCAGUUUUGCGGGCAGCGAGGCUAGUUUUGGCAAAUAAAUUUGUCAAACUCUGUUGUUGAGAAUUGAGGCUUUUGUUCAGGUUUAAUGGAAAUGACAGCAUUUCUUUAGCUUCUAA